AUGCCUCUCAGCUCCUCUGAAUCUCUUCCUCCUACCAUCUCCCCACUCGCAACCUCCCCUUCAUCAUCCUCGCUUCCCUUCUCUGCGUGGCAGCUGUCGGGGCUGAAGCGCAACCCGCGCAAUCUGGUGCAAGCACUGGGCUUCAUCCCACGCACGAUGCGCCUCAUGUACGUGCACAGCUAUCAGAGCUAUCUGUGGAACCAUGCUGCCUCACACCGCAUCAAGACAUAUGGCUCCACACGAGUGGUAGCAGGUGACCUUGUGCUCUGCUCCCCUCCUUCUGCCGCUGCUGCUGCUGCUGCCGCCGCUACUGCAGCUGCAGCAGCAGCAGGGAGUGCAGCGGGCGUGGGGACAGAGGUUGCGGGCAUGAGGGGCACAGAAGCAGAGGCGGAGGCAGAGGAGGCGGCAGCAGUGGCGGUGGAGGCGAGGGCGGAGGGGGAGGAGGUGAGGGUGGUGAGCGAGGAGGAGGCAGAGCGAGGAGUCUAUACCAUCAACCAAGUCGUGCUGCCCCUGCCGGGCUGUGCCAUUGAAUACCCCACCAACUCCACUGCACAAGUCUUCCACUCUCUCGCUGCCAAGGUAUGCCCCCUCCUGUCACUCUCUCGCUGCCAAGGUAUGCCCCCUCCUGUCACUCUCUCGCUGCCAAGGUAUGCCCCCUCCUGUCACUCUCUCGCUGCCAAGGACGGCAUAGACCUCUUCACCAGCAAGCACAGCGUCAACCCUCCCUCACUCUCCCGCCCUUCUCUCAUCCCUCUUGCCACCCAUGGCGCCAUGUCAGGGAGACGAGGGCAUCCCAGGGGGCUACAGUCGCUUGAAGCAAAGGCAAUUCUUUCUCUCACUCACCCUCUCAACCACCCUCUAACCCUCUCUCAUCCCUCCCACCACCCAUGGUGCAUGACAGGGAAUAUUCCAUCGAGCGCAUCCCAGGUGGCUACAGGCGCUUGUUACAGCGCCCCUCCGACUACAACUGGUGAGCCACCUCUCCCUCGCACCCACCCUCUCACUCACCCUCUUGCUUGUUACAGCGCCCCUCCGACUACAACUGGUGAGCCACCUCUCCCUCGCACCCACCCUCUCACUCACCCUCUUGCUUGUUACAGCGCCCCUCCGACUACAACUGGUGAGCCACCUCUCCCUCGCACCCACCCUCUCACUCACCCUCUUGCUUGUUACAGCGCCCCUCCGACUACAACUGGUGAGCCACCUCUCCCUCGCACCCACCCUCUCACUCACCCUCUUGCUUGUUACAGCGCCCCUCCGACUACAACUGGUGAGCCACCUCUCCCUCGCACCCACCCUCUCACUCACCCUCUUGCUUGUUACAGCGCCCCUCCGACUACAACUGGUGAGCCACCUCUCCCUCGCACCCACCCUCUCACUCACCCUCUUGCUUGUUACAGCGCCCCUCCGACUACAACUGGUGAGCCACCUCUCCCUCGCACCCACCCUCUCACUCACCCUCUUGCUUGUUACAGCGCCCCUCCGACUACAACUGGUGAGCCACCUCUCCCUCGCACCCACCCUCUCACUCACCCUCUUGCUUGUUACAGCGCCCCUCCGACUACAACUGGUGAGCCACCUCUCCCUCGCACCCACCCUCUCACUCACCCUCUUGCUUGUUACAGCGCCCCUCCGACUACAACUGGUGAGCCACCUCUCCCUCGCACCCACCCUCUCACUCACCCUCUUGCUUGUUACAGCGCCCCUCCGACUACAACUGGUGAGCCACCUCUCCCUCGCACCCACCCUCUCACUCACCCUCUUGCUUGUUACAGCGCCCCUCCGACUACAACUGGUGAGCCACCUCUCCCUCGCACCCACCCUCUCACUCACCCUCUUGCUUGUUACAGCGCCCCUCCGACUACAACUGGUGAGCCACCUCUCCCUCGCACCCACCCUCUCACUCACCCUCUUGCUUGUUACAGCGCCCCUCCGACUACAACUGGUGAGCCACCUCUCCCUCGCACCCACCCUCUCACUCACCCUCUUGCUUGUUACAGCGCCCCUCCGACUACAACUGGUGAGCCACCUCUCCCUCGCACCCACCCUCUCACUCACCCUCUUGCUUGUUACAGCGCCCCUCCGACUACAACUGGUGAGCCACCUCUCCCUCGCACCCACCCUCUCACUCACCCUCUUGCUUGUUACAGCGCCCCUCCGACUACAACUGGUGAGCCACCUCUCCCUCGCACCCACCCUCUCACUCACCCUCUUGCUUGUUACAGCGCCCCUCCGACUACAACUGGUGAGCCACCUCUCCCUCGCACCCACCCUCUCACUCACCCUCUUGCUUGUUACAGCGCCCCUCCGACUACAACUGGUGAGCCACCUCUCCCUCGCACCCACCCUCUCACUCACCCUCUUGCUUGUUACAGCGCCCCUCCGACUACAACUGUCCUGGCGUACUGGCGCCCCACACAAGUGCUGGCAGAGACUGAUUUGGACCGCAUCGCUGCUGCUGCCCUCGCAACUCCUGCCCCCACUCCCACUACCUCUGCCACUGCUGCUGCCUCUGCCGCCCCACCUGCUGCCCCAUCUGUGGGUCCAGCAGCAGACUCGAACUCAACAGCAGCAGCAGCAGCGGCAGGAGCUGGUGCUGUUUCCACUGAUGCCCCUGCUGCUACUGCCAGUGGUGAUGCUGCUGCUAUGUCUGGCAGUGACGCCCCUGCAGUGGUGGAGGCAGCGCAUGUGUACUAUGGGUUCAAGCAACCAGGAUACAAGGGGGCACUCAAACAGGCACAGAGGGGGGAAGAGAAGGCAGGGGUUACUGCUGGCGGUGCUCCGCUCAGUGGGGUAGAGGCAGCAACAGGAGAAGCAGGGGCAGGAGGGGAAGCAGCAGGGCCAGUGCCGGCAGUGGUGGUGUUGGCUUCGUCAGAGGGAGUGAGGCUGGGCAGAGACGAGCUGGAGCGCCUGGGGAUUGGGGAGGGACCCAUUGGGGCCCUGGUGGAGGGGGGUGAUGGGGAGGAGGGUGGGCCUGAGAGGGGCGAAGCUGAGGCAGGUGCGGCGACAGAGGAUGGAGAAAAAGCGGAAGGGGUAGUUGAGAGUGAGAUGGAGAACGGGAAAGAUGAGGGUGGUGAUGAGAAGGAGAAGGUAUUGCAGGGCGAACAGGGCGCUGGAGCGGGUAACGGGGAGGGGAAGGGGCAAGCGGCGGGGAGGAGGGGAGAGCGAGGGGUGGAGGGAGCAGCAGAGGAGGGAGUGAGGGUGGCGCUGCAGGUGGAGUUUACUCUGCCUGCCUCGGGAUAUGCCACCAUGGCCAUCCGUGAACUGCUUAAAUCCUCCACUGCUGUGAGUGCCACCAACCAUGUGCCAUAA